AUGACCAGUACAGUGUUGAAUAGCCUGGUCUCCCAGAUAAGACAUGCUGCAACACUCACAAGAUGUCUCCUUCAGCGCAACUAUACCCCAGCAUCCACGGUGGCCAGAUCACUAUCUACACUUCCGUCAGCAGCAUCCUCUGGCGGCAAGGUUUCAGAUACCAGAGCUGAUUUCUCGAAACGUGCCGGUUCGCUGUUCACUUUUGGCAGCCAGAGUCACCCAGCGGUUCUUGUCAGCGGUUUCACGCCGGGAGCCCUGCAGGUUCGAUGGUAUGAGAGUGCCGUCAGACCGAGGUUGAAGUGUCAGGGGUGUUACUUUGUGUGGCGUCACGGAAGGAAGUUUGUCGAGUGCAGUGACCACCCGAGGCACAAGCAGAUGAAGGCCGUGGCCACGAGGAAGGUCUGGGCCGAGGACUACUCUAAGGGGGAUAUCCAGAAGGCUGCGGAUUGGUACCGGCGGUUUCCCCGAGAGUUUUUGCGUACCGCUGACCGCAAAAUGGUGGCUCACAACUGGCUGGCUGGGACACUUGGGAAGGAAGUGUAA